AUGAGCUCGAAGCGCAGAAGCGGCCCUGCAGGCUUGCCCGAAGACUUUGCGGCCACGCCAGAUCCCAAGCGACGCAAGCGUAACGACGACACCUUUUUCCCCGAUGUAGAAACUGCUGAGACCACCACUGAGGAAGGACUCAAAUUGAUCGCUCAGCUGAAAAAGUCUCAAGACAAAAAUGGCCGCAAUGUCGCAAUCCACUUCAUUGAUCUACCCAGUAGAGAAGAAUACCCAGACUACUACCAACAGACAGCAAUGCCGCUGUCUCUCAAUAUGAUCGAGCUGCGACUCCAGAAGCGCGAGUAUAAGAAUAUGGAACAACUGGAGGCAGAUCUCAAGCGCAUGGUCCAGAAUGCGAAGGACUACAACCACAAUAGAUCUCCCAUCUUCGAAGACGCCGAGCGAAUCCGCAAGGCCUUAUCAAACUAUAUGCCCAAACAUAAUCCUGCCUAUCUGCGUCCGGAAUAUCGAGCAUACCCGACACCAAUUCCACAGGAGCUCGCUGAUCGAGUGAGGGAGUCCUCACACGGUUCUUCGGAGGUAUUGGUCCAACCUGAGAAGAUAAAGCUCCAUUUCUCAAGAGACGGUGCCAGACGACGUAGUGAAGCAAGGCCUAGUACGCCCCGGGAUCUGCAAGCAGAGGUCAAGACUCAAUUGGUUGCCUUUCUUGAUGAGUUAUCCGAGCAAGACGAUGCCAUAAAUUUUGAGGAGAGAGUCUCUAGAAAAGACUACCCGGAUUAUUACAAAACCAUUUCCAAGCCUACUUCCAUCUCGGACGUUAGAGCAAUGGUACAGAAGGAUGCCAUUCAGGAUUGGGAUUCCCUUGCGCGAGAAGUUCGGUUGAUUUGGGACAACGCAAAACAAUACAACCAAGAGGACUCUGAUAUCUAUGCCAUGGCAGAAAAACUCGAAUCUUGGUCAGAACCAGAGCUGCAGGAUCGAGGUGCAGCACCACGACGGAAUCUCAAACUUUCGCUUUCUCAGCCUACCAAGCCAAAAGCCCUGAGACUCACAAUGGGCUCCUCAACUCCAACCCCGACAGUUCUUGGCGGUACUAUUGACAGUGAAUCUCUACGACGCCAAAGGGAGGAAACGGGCCACGCGCUUAGUCGCGCACAAAGGGCAAACUCGCGCGUCCAUCAAGCCAACGGCUCAACCCCAGUUCCGUCGAGUGCAGCAGUCAGUGUUCGACGUAGCAUGUCGGCCAUUACCGAACCCAAAGACACCGUCAUGUCGGAUGCCAAUGGUAGAAGCACCCCUCAAGCCGAAGAUGCGGUUCUGAAGGCCUCUCAAACUCCCGGCCCAGCACAACUCCCAACCCCAGUUCAGGAAAGCGAGCUCCAAGACCCGGCAGCCCCGUUAACAAACGGCGUCCACAACCAUGAACAGCCUGCCACUUCUCCAAAGCGCCAAGUUGCCGAUCUCUCCAAACAACAAUCCAACAAUCCUUUUGAGCGGCGUGGCCGCGAUCCUGGCAAAGAUCUUAGCACCGCUCUCAUCGCGUCAGUCACCUGGAUGACCAACCCCAACAGCCCGUCUGAUCCUAAAUGGAAGUUGAUCCGCUAUGCAUCACCAGCCAGGACACAGACAUCUUACCUUAUCUGCCUUCCAAUGAACCACCAGUACAUCCGGGUCAUUCCACACCUUACUCGAGAGCUGCAUUCCCGCCGACGCCAUCGUCUCUAUGUCACUGUCAACGGACAAACUCUUGAAGAACCAAACUCGACUUCUUUUGACGGUGCCUAUGACAUGCAGUUGAAACUCGGAGACAAUGAGAUCGUCGUAGAGGUCGUGGCCGAUCUGAAAGAAGGAGAGAAGAAGGAAUAUGCACCACCUCAACUCCAGCUCGACUACGAGAAGUGUUCCAUGCUCAUCAACCUGGGCUUGGUGCCGAUCGAUGGGUGA